ACCUCGUGACAUUGAGGUUGAAAAGUCCGACACCUUGAGGUCACCUCGCCUGGCUCGAACCUGCCUCUGCGGCAACACUAGCAUCAACCUUGGCUCAAGCUUGAGAACGCCCGGUGGUGUAGGCUAGGUAGACAAACAAGUCAACUAGUCAUCGCUUAGCAUCGCUUUCAUCCUGUUUUGGCAUAUUUUGGAGCUCCGCAGACCGUGGGAAUGCUUGUUCGACUCAACGCGGCGGCCUCACUCGUAUGAAUCACAUACUCUCCCUCCUACUCCUACAAGCCACUGCUACUUGACUCGAGAAACUUCGUCCCUCCAUGGUGUUCAAGCUGGGCCCGGCUGUUAAAGCCAUGAGCGACGUACUUCAACGUGAACAUAUUCCUGUCAUCCUUUGGGGAGAACUCGCAAUGGAACAAUAUAAGAUCCCAACUGCGAUCAUUCGCUUCGAUGUUCUAGUUCCAGAUGAUAUGCUCACUCGUGCAGCCGAAGCAUUCGAGACUGAAGGCUGGAGAGCCUCUACGGGACCUCUCCCUCGUGCGUUAGCUGGGUUUUGGCAGCCGGGAUGGGACGUGGUUGGAAAGGCAUGCCGCCGAUACCAUUUCCCACCUGGCCUCGUACCUGAUGACAUCAUACUCCUUAUUCUUCCGACCUCUUUCGUUGGCCUUGGUCCAAGCCCAUCCUUAGACUCCGAGGAAUAUACACAGAUUAUAUCAUGGGGUGACGAGUACCUGCCCAACGUGUAUCUACCCUCCAGUCAUCUCAUGGCAAUAACAAUCGCGCGUACUGAUAUCCGCCACACCGUUAAACGCAGCGGCUUAUCCUCGCUGCUACGUGCAUGGGCCUCGUAUUUCUACAUCUAUUGCGACUUCCACGUGGGAUCAUUGGAUGACGCCGAACAAGACGUUCAAGAUUUCUGGCGUUCCUUAAUGGUGGCGCAAUGCCGGGAUAAAGAGAAUUGACGUGGGUAGGAUCCAGCAUUAUCCGCCAAUCAGUUGGAGCGCAACGAAGGGAGAUACGGCUAGUAUUGUGGUUUCACUGCUCAAUGACUGCUGAUUUGUAUCAGUACAAUAAUUGUCCCUUGGACUUCAGCUUCUGUGUGCCUGCGGCGUCCAUCCUCAUCAUUGAACUAUGUUGCCCAGACCGAAAUACAGGCUCUCCAACCAGUCGUGAAAUGGGCAACGAGCGAAUGAAGUCGACGGUCCCCCGGUUACUCGGCGCACUUCAUUGGAACCGCCAAUAUCGAACACCAUAGUACGCCAGAUUCACGUCCCGGCCCUUCGCCAUCCUCCACUUCGUUCCGUCUGCCUCGCAUGAUAAUUGUCUACCUCGGGCGAAGUCAGGUAAUAGUACCGAAGGUGCCUAUGGUGGAGCAACCGUUAGUCCUUUUCCCAGGACAAGCUUAUUUCACAUAUCGGUUAUCGUUGAACCCAGAGAAGCCGUCGCCACGUAGUAUGCCCUCACUCUAGUCAUGGUGGUAUCUUAUUCGAGGAAGUAUCUGAAUCGAUCAGGGAGAAGUGGGUCCGAUCACAUCCUUCGGUUGACGACCUCAAUAGUGCAUACCACACGCCGAGUCGCUUGCAACCUGGGAAUGUCGAGAUUGUUUCCGAC